GCGAGAGCGUAGCGACACUAUAUAUAGUUAUACUGUAUACCAUAUAUACACCACUUUUUCGUGCAUAUUCUCUCGCUCUCUCUACGAAUUCUUCCUUUAUACACACACACGCUUUUUCUUCCUGUGCACUACGUCUUCUAGCGCGUUGACUCUUCUCGUCCUUUUUUACCACCUUCUAUGAAUGCGUACACGUCUCUAAUGCUUUAAAAAGUGAAUGCGAGGGAAUAAGAAUCCAACGAGAUAACGUUGAUUUUCAAACGAGGGAACACCGAACAUCGCGAGUGCGACAACGGCCCGCAUACGACGACGUGCAUUCGCAGUAUUGUCGUGUGUCCGUUGCACGUUCGCGCUCUUUCGACUUCUUUCGAACGCAAAUUUGUAAUUCGAAUUAUAAGCGUACAAAACUCGAGUUCGGUGUGCGAAACCGGUGUGUAAGAUUUUUGCGGGUGCUCGUUAUCACACAGUGCAGUUAUUAUAACCCCCGAGUCGCUCGAUCCUUUUUGUGUUAGUUUUCGUUCUAUCGAACGCGAGGCAAGCGUUUCUUUUGAAUUACAGUGUGCGUGAAUAACAGAAAAGAAGUGAUUUUAUUGGUUCGUUUGUUCGUGUGCACUUUGUAAUAGUUGUUAUACCAGUUAAUAUUAUGUGAAUUUUGAACGUGACAGUUUUUCGGGAUUGCUUAUCGGGAGCAGAGAAUUAAAUAUCGUAAUUCUGCAGAGAAAUCGUAACGGUGCGUGCAGAGCAGCUUCUUCGCCGAUCAACAUGUGCGACCGGCGCUGAAUGCGCAUCCACUACCGCAAUUCGACAACGAUAUUCGAUACGGUCUAGACACUCAGCUGAAGCCAAAUUCCAAAGACAAGUGUAGGAUACAGAACGAGGGAGUCAGUUCGAAAGUCGAUUGUUUCGAGUCCUAUAAAAAAGUGUCCAGUGUAUCGAGUGACGCGAUGAUGAUGUUGUGGCCGCGGCAGUGUCUGUUGCUGGCCAUGCUGCUUCUAACGGCGCAGCAUGGCUACGGUCUCGGCUCCUCGUCGUCAUCCUCGGCCGAGUCCGGGGGCGGCGGCAACAGCGGCGAGAUCUUCACCAAGAUGUUCGCGGGCCAGGCCCCGCCGGCCGACCCGUGCUACGACGAGGAUCGUCCGCGCCGCUGCAUCCCCGACUUCGUCAACGCGGCCUUCGAGCGCGGAGUCGUGGCCUCGUCCACGUGCGGCCUCUCGGGACCGACUCGCUACUGCGACGGCGAGCCCGGCCAGUCAUCGGCCCAGUGUCACGUCUGCGACGACAGCACGCCCCGGCGACGCUUCCCCGCCGCCCACCUCACCGAUCUCAACAAUCCGAACAACGUGACGUGCUGGCGCAGCGAGCCCCUCGUCGCCCCGCAGAGUCCCAACGCGCCGCCCGACAACGUCACCCUCACCCUGGCCCUGGGCAAGAAGUACGAGCUCACCUACGUCAGUCUGCAGUUUUGUCCGCGCGCCGCCAAGCCCGACUCCAUAGCCAUCUACAAGUCCAUGGACUACGGCAAGACCUGGCAGCCGUUCCAGUUCUACUCGUCGCUCUGUCGCAAGGUCUACGGCCGGCCGAAUCGGGCCAGCAUCAGCCGUGCCAACGAACAGGAGGCCCGCUGCACCGACAGCCAUCGCUACACCGGCGGCGACGGUCUCGGGCCCGUGGGUCGCAUCGCCUUCAGCACCCUCGAGGGCCGACCCAGCGCCGCGGACUUCGACAACUCGCCGGUGCUGCAGGACUGGGUCACCGCCACCGACAUCCGGGUCGUGUUCAAUCGACUGCAGAUGCCCCAGAACGAAGGCGGCUCCGAUCCCGACGACGUGAGUCGACGCGAGCGCGAGGACGCCCGACUGCGCGGCCAGAAGGCCAACAGCCUGCUGAGCGGCUCCGAGUCCAGCGGCACGGCUCUGCCCUCGGUGCACCAGGUGCUGGCCCCGCAGGAGCUGCAGGCCUCCGCCGGGGAUCUGGGCCUGCAGCGCGAGAUGGGCUUCGUCUCGGUGCCGUCGCUCAGUCCGCAGGUGGUGAUGGCCAGCGGACCGAGCAUGGCCCAUCACUACGCCGUCUCUGAUUUCGCCGUGGGCGGGCGCUGCAAGUGCAACGGUCACGCGGCCAAGUGCAGCCAGGGCCGCGACGGACAGCUGGCCUGCGAGUGCCGCCACAACACGGCGGGCCGCGACUGCGAGAAGUGCAAGCCGUUCUACUUCGACCGGCCCUGGGCCCGGGCCACCGCCAGGGAUGCCAACGAGUGUAAAGUGUGCAAUUGCAACCAGCACGCGAGGAAGUGUCGCUUCAACAUGGAGCUGUACAAGCUGUCGGGUCGCGUGUCCGGCGGCGUGUGCUUGCAGUGCAGGCACUUCACGGCCGGCAGGCACUGCCACUACUGCAAGGAGGGCUACUACCGCGACCCGGCCAGGCCCAUCACUCAUCGCAAGGCGUGCAAACCCUGCGAUUGUCAUCCCAUCGGGGCCUCCGGUAGGACGUGUAAUCAAAGCACCGGCCAAUGUCCGUGCAAGGACGGAGUCACGGGCAUAACGUGCAACCGAUGCGCCAGGGGCUACCAGCAGAGCAGAUCCCACAUCGCUCCUUGCAUCAAGAUACCGAGAGUCGUGCAGACCCAAGGCAUCGAGGGCGAGGACAGCAGCGAAAACGAAAACGGCGAGGAGGAGGACGAGGAGAGAUACGAGAACCGAAACGAGCAAUGUGGCAAGUGCAGAGCGAGCACCCGAAGGCUGAACCUUAACAAAUACUGCAAGCGAGAUUACGCUCUGCUGAUCCGAGUCACGGACAGAUUCAAGAAGGUGGCAGAUAGCCCGUCGGCCGUCUCGGGCGGCCCGGCCAACUCCUGGGUCAGAUUCACGGUCAACGUCAUGAUGAUCUACAAGAGAAAUCGAGACUCGAGGAUCGUGCGUGGACCGACUCCGCUCUACGUGCAGUCGGCCGAUCUUGCCUGCAGGUGUCCCAAGAUCAAACCCAACCAAUCGUACCUGGUGCUGGGUAUGGAGAGCGACAGCAUGAGCAGGGACGGCUUGACGGUGUCGGAGCGCUCGAUCAUGAUCGAGUGGCGCGACGAGUGGAGUCGCCGGAUGCGUCGCUUCGAGCGCAGGGCGAGAUCGUGUCAUUGAAGGGGCGACAAUCUCGACGACGAUGACGACGACGACGUGGAGGAGCCCGAACAACGUGGCAUCGAGAGAUCGACGGCCGAUCCUUAUUAAUACAGAGAAAACACGACCAUCGAAUUCUAAUCGACGUAUGAUACUCACGCAACUUGUUUUUUGAGAUGAAAAACAUCGUGUCUUAGAGCAAAAACUCUUGUAUAAGUUCGCCAACGCGCGCACGCAUGGCAGAAAAGAGAGAGAGAAACAAGCAAGAACGAGUCGUCUCGAGGAUUUUCUUAUAUACGUGUAUCGAUUCGGUUUGUUUUCCGUUCCCAGAGCAAAGAGAUCGCGCAGAGAGCUCUAAAAACAUCUUAUCUUCUUUUUUUUAUUUUAUUUUAUUAUUUUUCGUCGUUGUCUUCGUCGUCGUCGCAGCCAUUGCAAAGGAAAAAGAGUCAAGAGAACACAGUGCGAGCGCCUCGACGACAGGCCAAAGCAGCUUGCCGCUCGCUCGCAGUUCUCCAUUUUUAAUAUACAUAUUGUAAACGUAAUAGGAGACGCUUGUCUAACAAACAUAAAAAAAGAACAAAAUAAUAUCUAUACGUUAUAUUCAUAUUUUAUUUAUUAAUUAUUAUUAUAUUGUAUUAUUGCACGUUGAGAGCGUAUAUUACAAACCAUAUUUAUAUGCGCGAUUAGAUGUAUAUUGUAUUGUGUUCGUGAUGAAAAAAAAAAUAAUAAUAAAAAACAAGAGAUAGAACCACGGAGCGAAUUGAUGAAUUCCGAUUUCUGCGACCACACAAAAAAAACACUACUUGAGCGAGUACAUUCGAGUCUCGUUGAGCGCGCGCUUUUUCUACGAUUUUUAUACACCUAUUAUAUAGCGUAUAUUGCAUUACAUAUAAUAAUAAUAUUUAUGUAUUCGAAUGUAAUAUUGAUACGAAAAAAAGAAUCAUGAAACACUCGUACAAUUAUUCGCUUGAAAUUGUAUUUUUCUUCUAACUGUUAGAGUCGCUCAAUUUUUAACGACGAUGCAUCUCUUUGGCAAAAAGCCCCUCUCGACUUUUUAUUGAUUCAAUGUUUGUUUAUUAUAAUCUUGAUUAAACUCGUGGACAAGAUAUUACGAAUACCAUUUCUCUGUAUUAUUAUGUUUACUCUGUGUAGCAAUCAUAGACACGUUUACGAUACAAUAAAAAAACCAAUGCUUAUAUACUUUGUUGCUCGCGAUCGUGCGUCGAUCGUGCGCUUCAACAAAAUACAUGUAAACAAGAUGUUAAUGUAGAUUUUCUUGUACAUUUUUUAUAUAAGUACAGUAAUGAAUUGUCGAAUAACUUAAUAAUGAUAAUUUUAAGGAAGAAAUAAAUAUAAAAGUUUUGCAUCGAAGGCAUUGGAAUAAAUUUGUUUUUGAUUGACUCGCUGAAUUUGAUAUUAUCGUCGAUCGAGCAAUCAAUAUACCAACAUGAAUCUGCCGAAAACUGUUAGAAAAUAUUUACCGUAUACAUUGCCAGCAAUUUUCUAGGCCUAAAUUAUGACAAUGAUUUUUUACGAAAGUAUGAAACAAAAAGAUAUCCAACAUGUGCAUGAACGUUGAAAUUUUCACGAUUUCGAUUUAUAGCAAUACUGUACGUACUUCGAAUUAUUUCAUGAGUUUUGCUAUUUUUUAAGUAUUUGUGCGAUGAAAAACUGUUAUCGAAAUUUAAUCAUCUAUCUAAGCGAAAUAGCAAUGAUGAGUUUUUUAUCAGUGUCUUACGCAAUAAUUGGACUCCUUCGAUGUAACUCUUUUUUAAAAAAGUUGUUUUAGUGGAAAUGAAGUACCUUCAUAGGCCAAGAACAAAGUUGAUUAUAUAUUAAUAAUAAUAAUACUAAUAAUAAUAGAAUAUGCAAAGUCUUGUAUGUACAGAAUCUGUAUUUUUAGAACAAUAAAAUCACCUAAAAUAUUUUAUCAUCAUUUGUAUAAGUUUUAAGUUAAAAGAUGUACUAAACGCUUAUUAUUAUCAAUUUUUAUAUUUGUUUAUGAGUGUUACUGUAGAUGUAUUAUUGGAAUACUUAUUCCUUUUUUAAUGUGUUAGUGAUAAAUUGGAAAGCUUUUCUGAAUAUUUUUAUUGUAUGAUUUUUUCUAAAAAAAAAAUACGUUUAUAAUGUCUGGAGUCAUCUGAACUUUUCAAUUUUACGUAGUCAUAGAUUGUAAUAAUAUUAAGAAUCACUAAAAAGUCACUCUUUUAUUAUGGAAAUAAGCAUAUCUAAUGAGUAUUAUCAUAUCUGUCAUAUAAAUAUAUUCUCAAAUUUGUUAAUAAUUUUAUUAUGUACGUUUCAUUUGUGAGAUUGUCUGAAAUUUAGAAUCAGUCAAAUAUUGGACAGCGUUUUUAAAGUAAUAUCUAUAAUUUGAAUUGGUGAAUUUAUUCUUCUAAGUGCACACACCGAAGUAAUGUGUCAAAAAUAAAUGAAAAGGAAAACAGAAUAAUAGAAGAAUAAAUACAAAACAAAUAGUAUAGAGGUAAAAGAAACUUGCCAAGUAUCCUUGAAUUAAACAAGUAGAGCGUAUGUAGGUACGCGUUAUAAGCAAAAAACUCGAUGAAUGUGCUAUAUUUAUACCUCUGAAAUUUAUAUACUACAGUUACGGUAGAAUCACAAUAAUACAAUAUUCACGAAUAAAAAAAACAAGAAAAGAAAGCAAAAAAUUAAAAAUUAAUCGAUCGCUGCUGCAUAUUAUCGAUAUACGACUACGACUAUUUCUCGUUUUAAACAAAAAUAUUUACUAUCUUAAGUGUCACGUCGUGUAUUGUGGUGAACUAAAUGUGAUUAGAUAGAUAUGAUGCGAAAUAAAUAUGCAAUGCGUCGCUAU